AUGGCUUACAAUCCUGUCGCCCAAGCUGAGGAUUCUCCUGUUGAGCCUCUUGCCUCCGCAGACGCAGCAGCACACGAGUCGCUCGCUUCGGCCCAACGAGGGCUAGGGAGUCUGAUCAACAGCCUCCAGAGCAGCAAGACCGAUUACGAUGUGGUUGAAGACGACGACUACGAUGACAUUGCUGCGAUAGUGCGCGACAACAAAACCAACGCACCUGCCACCUUUCACCGCGCGGAGAUAGCACGCUCCACGUCGCCGGAGCCGCUAGUUCGAACCUCUAGUAAUGUGUCUAUCCCUUUACGGCACCCAACCCCUGAUUUGCAAUCGCUCCAGGGUGCGUAUGUCGGAAACAUCGAGAGGCUAGAAAAGAGCGCCGAGCGUCUCAGCAUGACAUCCUCCGACAUAGGGGCCGAGCUCCGCAAGCUGGAUCUAGAGCAAAAGCGCCGCUCGUCAGCCUCUUCUUCAGCACACCACGUCCCCGAAUCGCCAUCGCGCCAGAUGUCCACCAGCUCCAUGUCGAAUUCGAUCAUUGCAGUGAACUCUGCCGCUCGCUCGGGAGGCUAUUCCCCGGCCGGUUUCCUCUCCUCUCCGCGCGGGUCGAUUCUUUCGGGCUCUCGUUUCCGCUCGACGUCCGUUACCUCCCCGUUACAAGACAUUCAUGAACCGAAACAAGAAGACGACGAUAUGGAAGCGGUGCCCAUUGAUGAUAGAGAUGUUCCUAUUUUGACGCCAACUCCACUGCCACUUCAUGGUCGCAAAGAGGAAAUCAACCCUUUAGACACUCAUCCGGCAGAUGAUGUAGGCCAUGGAGUGCCGGACAGGCCGUUGACUGCCCACUCAACUGAUACCUAUCAGCAGGCGACAGACCUCUUUCUCGAUUUCGACGGCGUGCAUUUUGUCCCCCAUCCAAAACAAACACCUCUUUCACGUCAACUCUCGUUGGACAAGCCCCCACGAGCGACAACUGCGGAGCAUUACAAAGAGCCGCAGGCUGGCCAGGACUUGAUUUACUAUCCAGCCCCAAUACCCAAAUUGCUCAACCUCCCGCAACGCCUGUCGAAACAGCCCGCAUCGACCAAUGCUGAGAAACGUCGAACCCGGUUUAUGGACUCCAUUCCGGAUAAGAAAGACAUCAAGCUUGUUGGUGAUGCCGCUGAGCAACGUGCCAACAAGAGACUGUCUACUCUUCCCCCGCAACUUCGGGCCAGUGUGUUUUUUGAUCAGCCGACAUCGAACAUAUCCUCUUUGGGGGUUCAAAUGAAAGAUCGGUCUGCCGUUUCUACGCUAGACAGUAUUCUAGAUGCCUCUACCCAUGCUCCCGUCUCUGCGUUUACAGACCAUCCGAUUGUAGGUAGUGCUGGGGCUAAUGUGUAUGCUCCGGCAGAGGGUUUGGCUAAAAAGCGAGCUUCUCGGAUGUCUCUGAAAAAUAAUGGUAAAGAUGCUUACAAGACUGCUCCUGGCCCGCGUGAGAGUGCAUUAUUUGUCCCGGAUGAAAGUGCGCAUGGCCAUAGUGCUUAUUCUGACAACGAAGCUACGCAGCGGAAUGCAGAUGAUGCCGACUGGGAUGACCAUCAUUCUCACUCACACUCAUCAUCGGAUGUCUCAUCAGUUGAUUCACAUGGCAGCGAAGGAGACGUAGCUGAUGACGACGAAGAUGAUGACGACGAAGAAAAGGAGGACUACGAAACUGAAGAACCAAUGUUAUUUGGCCGACCAACAACUCUUCUCGCAGAAUUGCAAAUGAGAAAGCAAGAGCAAAAACAACGGACCAGAACAGCCGCAAACGCUUUCCCGAACGGAAUGCACUCGACCUUGUUAGAGCUCGAUGCUGUUGCUCAAGCACAGAGUAAUAAACGACGACAGAAGCAUGUGACAUUAGCAUGGGAAGCCGAGGCCGUGCAAAAUCCGGACGAAGGCGAUGAGGAUGAAGACAUUCCGCUUGGUCUGCUGUAUGGCCACAAAGACCCUGCUGCGGAAGAACGACCUUUGGGUCUCAUGGAACGCCGCGAGAUGGAAGAAAGUGAGCCUUUGAGUAAACGCCGAGCACGGCUACGUGGAGAGGCUGUCCCUUCAAACAAACGGUCCAGCACGAUGACACAGCUGCAGUCGCUUGCGGCAGCGGAACCCGACAGUGGCGAUGAGGGCGAGACUCUCGGUCAGCGACUGCGUCGUCUAAAGCAAGAGAAACGGGACAAGUCAAAGAGCAUAGUAUCUGCUGAAUUCGAAAACGAAAUCAUGGCUGAACUGGGUAAAUUGCACGAAGCGGCCGAACCUGUGGUGGAAACUCCAGGUCCGCAGAAGCCACUUGAGAAGGCUCCUGUAAAUGAAGAGGAAGAGACCCUCGGUCAGCGUCGAAAACGUCUCCAAGCAGAAGCACAAGCACAGAUGAGUCAUGGGACAAGGAAUGUGCGAGCCAGCAAAAGUAUGGCAGAUAUUCUUCAGGCAUAUCCUUCUCAUAAUCCCGGCUUUCCUGCUUCGGGCUACUCCCACGAUCGUCAGAUGUCUUUGAACCCGGGCUCUAUCCACACCCAUCGAUUGUCGACGGGGCACAGUGUACGACCGAGUAUGAGCGUCCAUGCUGGCCUUGCACAGGCGCCUGGCUACCCAACUAUGCAGUACAAUCCCUCGUACAUACCCGGUGGCGUCAACGUCUACACGCCGCAUCCACACAAUGCAGCGAUGAUGCAGCAAAACAUUGACCCCAGACAAAGAGAUGUAAUUGAUCGGUGGCGACAGAGCGUCGUAUGA